GGCACGCGCUGGUCUGGGCCUCUGCUACUUUGCGACGGUGGACGAUCCUCUUAGCCUGUCAGCUUGACUGCUUGAGUCUCUCUCUUUGCGAGGAAGCAAGGGACUCGAAGGGGAAGUCUGCUUCAGAGCUCCAUCGAGGCAUCUACGACCACCGUUGACAGCAGCAGGUAGGGUGGUUGUGGGGGACUCUACUGGUCAAACUGAGGUCAUUUGUUGAAGAAUGAAAUCACGUAAUAGAGGAAGAUAACAGAAUGGAAGCUGCAGGACUAGUCAUCAUGAACUUGGCCCAGAAUUUCAUGCUAUGUCAACGAUGUCACUGGAAUAGACCUUUCGACAAGAUAGCAGGCGAAUACUCGAGUCUGCGUGGAUGGAAAAUUGAUUUGUACCUUACUUAUAAUCAUGAAAUUAAUAUGUUGGAUGAUGCAUGAUGAACAAAUUUAUAUUAUCUGUCUUUGUCUGCCAUGGAGAACGGUAUACAAGUAAUAUAGAGAAACAACUGGUGGUGAAUUCCGGCAAAGGUGUUGCAUACACAUUGGCAUUAAAGUAGAAGAAGAGGUUGUGCUUGGGAAGAUGGGCAAGAAGUCCAACAAAAGCAAGAAAUAUGAGACCGGUGAUUUGGAACAAGUAACUGACAGCACAGAUGCAAUUUCCACGGGAUUUGGAAGUAAUUUGAACUUGCAUGAAAAUUUUCAGGGAAAAAAAAAUAAGAAGAGACAUGAGGUGGGUGGUGAUGGUGAACUCCAUGGUAUACAUGCUAAAGCUGUAAUUAGCAAGGGUGCUGCAAAAAUAGAAGGUGAUAUUGAAGUGGAGAAAGGCCCGAGAAAAAAGAACAGAAAAUCUGAAUUUAAUGAAGAGGUAACUGACUGCACAGAUGGGGCAUCUGUAGGGGUGGAAAAUAAUGUCAGAUUGAACAAAGAAGAUGAGGUAAAGAGAAAGAAGAAGAAGAAACAAGAGGUUGGUGGUGACAUUGGACUCAAUGGUAUCCAUGAUGAAGCUGUAAAUGGAAUGGAUUUUGUUGAAGUCGAUGGUGAUCUACAAAAGGAUAAAGAUCAGAAGAAGGAAAAGAAGAAGAGAGGAUUGAAAUCUAUUGAAGAUAAAAACAAGUUAAAUGAUGUAGUAGGAGAAUGGAAUAGGGGCUUGCAAACAAUUGAUGGGGCAGAUGUGGGGAGUGAUAGUGUCUUGAAACCAAGAAAAAACAAUAAAAAGAACCGUAAGGAGAAGAGAAAGAAAGAUGGAAGUGAUACCUUUUCGUCUUCCAUGAAAAUUGUGGACAAUGUGAUUAUAGGAAAAGAUGCAGUUAAAGGGAACAGAAGCCCUGAGAAAGAAGGUAUCACUGAAAUGAAGAAUUGGGAAGAAUGGGCUAAAGAAAAGGAGGAGGAGGACGAGAAGAGAAAAGAUAGAAAUGACAUUGAGGAUUGUGAUGUUGAGGGAAAGAAAAAAACCCAAGAUGGUAAAGAGAUUGGAAAAUCGCUGAAUAAAUAUGAUGCGAAUGUUGCUGAAAAUUUUGAAUCAAAGAAGAGGAAGAAGAAAAAGGAUAAGGCACAGGACAGUGUGGCCAAAAAUGGUAAUACAGGGAAGAGGAAGGUCCCAGAAGUUGAUGAUUCUGAAAGUCCCAAAGGUAAAGGAAAAUUGAAGAAAGUGAGGUUCUCUGGUCAUGUGGAAAUUUUCCCUUUGUCAGACAAUCCAAGUACAGGGAAGGGAAAAAACUGGGAGGAUGACUUAGUGCGAGGUAAGCGUUUCUCACGAGAAGAAGAUGAAAUCGUUAAAGAGGCAGUCCUUACUUAUAUUGAGGCACAUGGCUUGGGUGAAGAAGGCCUGGACAUGGUUAUGCACUGUGGCUCUCACCCUGAAACAAGGAACUGUUGGAAAGAAAUUGGGGCUGCCAUACCAUAUAGGCCUCCUUUGGCCAUUUAUUACCGUGCUCACAUUUUAUUUGAAAGGGAUGAGCAGCGUAAGUGGACGCAAGACGAGUAUGAACUUAUCCGAAAGUACCAGGAGAAACAUGGGAAUGAUUGGAAGUCAUUGGCUGAUGAACUUGGCAAACACAGGUUUCACGUGAAGGAUACAUGGCGCCGAAUAAAAUUAAGUAACAUGAAGAAAGGACAUUGGUCCCAGGAGGAGUACCAGACUUUAUUUGAUUUAGUGAACGCAGAUCUGCAAAUGAGAGCUUUUGAGGAAAAGAAAUCGAAGCAUGGCAUGUUGAGAGAUAAUAUUCCUUGGGAGGCAAUCAGUGACAAAUUGUCCACUCGAAUCAAUGCCACUUGCUGUAGGAAAUGGUACACGCAGUUAACAUCAUCUAUGGUAGCUGAAGGUAUAUGGGCUGACACUGAUGACUAUCGCUUGCUUGAUGAACUUUUUAAAUUGGAUGCAUGCUGCAUAGAAGAUGUGAACUGGGAUGAGCUUCUUGACCACAGAUCUGGAGAGUUAUGUCGUAAGCGUUGGGACCAAAUGGGUCGUCACAUAGGCCACCAUAGGAACAAAUCAUUUGCUGACCAAGUUGAAAUUCUAGCAAAGCGAUAUUGUCCAAAUUUACUUGAAGCAAGAGAGGCAUGGGAUAGCAAACCUGUUGUUCCAUGAUGUGGCAAUCAGAAACACUAAUUCUGUAUCUCGUUUGGGGAUCUCCUAGAUAUUAAUUUCUGUUGUAAUCUGUGGAUCUAAUUAUGUGUAAGCUGUUUGAACUUUGGCUUGGAUGCUACUUAAAUUUCAGCUUAAGCUUUUUUUCCAGAAAGUUGGAGCAUCAGUUUGGACAUUGUGCUGGUUCUUUUUCUUUCUUUCUUU